UGUGUGUGUGAGAGUGUGUGUGCCUGUACUAGAGCACCGCAGAGCGGACGCGCCUCCCUCCGCCACAGGGCCACGGAGAGGCCGUACGUCUGGACGCCCGGCGUCUGCGGCUCACGCUCGGGGAUGGAUCAGGGAUCCGCCGCGGGCACAGGAGGGACCUUUAUUUCCCUGAGCGACACUGAACAGAGAUGUUACUCCGGGCUGUACACGCUCUGUCAGCCCGACAGCAGCGGCAAACCGGCGGCGGGGAAAGUGGCGGAGCUGUUCCGGGCGUCGCAGCUGCCGGCCGAGACACUGCACCAGGUAACAGAAGUGUGUGGUGCUAAGCGGCUUGGCUAUUUCGGCUGCGGACAGUUUUACGUGGCUCUGAAGCUGAUGGCCGCGGCGCAGGCGGGUUUGCCGGUACGUCUGGAGAGCAUCGCAGGUGAACUUCCUCUUCCUGUGUUUGUUGGGAUAACGAAUGAGCCUGAGAUGCGUUACUCCAAUCAGCCCUUGACCAGUGAGAGCCAACCUCACAUCCUGGGCUCGGUUACAGGCUCCGCCCCUCGUCCCCCUGCAGACAGACCUUUACACAGACACCCUGAAACCAGCAUGGACAAACAGGAGGCGUGGUCUCCACCGCGCUCACCCGGCAUCUCCCCGCCGCGCUCACCAUCAGCCUAUCGCAGCUAUCCAUAUGUUGCACAGAGAAACGGAACAGACACGCUAUUGGCAUAUGACGGUAAAGUGCCGGGUCGUCCCAGCGUUUCUCAGGAAAACUCUUCUCCAAGUCACUAUUCUCUCAAACCGCAACCGGAGCAGCCUGUCAUCACACGCGUCGCGUCUGUGGAGCGGCUGGUGGAGCGAGUGGAGGUCGAUUACUCCGACGACCCCUGGAGGAUCACAGAGGAGCAGCGUGAAUACUAUACUAACCAGUUCAGGAGUCUCCAGCCUGACCUCAGCGCUCUCAUCAUGGGAACUGUUGCAAAAAACUUCUUCACCAAGUCGAAGCUUCCCAUUCCAGAGCUGUCUCAUAUAUGGGAGCUGAGCGAUGUCGACAAGGACGGUGCUCUCACUUUCCCAGAGUUCUGCACUGCCUUCCAUCUAAUCGUGGCACGGAAAAAUGGUUACCCUCUUCCUGAAACGCUCCCCGCCACACUGAGACCGGGCUUUGUGGAAUCAGGUGUGCUUAUGGUGCCACCGUCUGCGGCGACUGAACCUCUUAUUGUCUUUGAUGACAAUAUGAUGCCUGGAGCCAGUCAGCUCGAAAUGGGUUCUGUUGACCUGCAGAUGACCUCUAGACCAGGUGUGACCGCUAAACAGGACGUGAGAGAUGAAAGCAGGAAACCGGCAGAAUUCAGCCCAAAGAGAAUUCCAGACCCGCAUGAAAAGCCAAUACAGAGUGUCAGCACUUUAAAACCAGAUUCUCCACAAGAGCUUGAUGCAAACAUGAAGUCAAGAACACGGCCCAGGUCGUAUUCCAGCACCUCCAUAGAUGAUGCCAUGAAGAAGGUGGAAGAGCCGCCCACGCCUCCUCCUCGACCCCAAAAGACUCACUCCCGCGCCUCCUCUCUCGACCUCAACAAGCUCUUCCAACAGAGCGGUCAAGGUGCUAAAAGUGGCUGGUUGCCUCCAGCUCUCCCUCCACGACCACCAGCUACACAGAUUUUCAGUUUCCUCCCUGGCUCAGAGAAGAGUUCCCAGAAGGCCGUUCAGCAGCCAAACUUUGCAGAUUUUAGCAAGUUUAGGGAGGAGCAGGAGAGCAACGUGAGGGGAGGUCUGAGCACAGAGGACCUGACGCCUUCCAAACUGGAUUCUACAGUGAUGCAUCAAGGCCACGCCCCUCAGAAGCCUGUGCGACGAAAGCUCCACCCUGAAAGCCAGAGUGCCACGCCCCCCUCGGCCACGCCCUACUCUGCUGCAACAUUGACCAAAUCUACACAGAGGCCUCCACCCAAGCAGAAGAGAGAGAUCCAGAUGGCCAUAAGGAAGAACCGAGAAACAAACGCCGUCCUGACACGUCUCAACAGUGAACUACAGCAACAGCUAAAGGUUGUCCAUCGGGAGCGAGUUACUCUGGAAUCCCAGCUGGAGUUGCUGCGGCCCGUGGCGUCAACCUGACCAACACACGCUCGCUUUCCCUCUCUUUCUGUCAUUCUAUUGUCUGAUACUGUGAGCUGUAACUCAGUCACAUGACGGGAUACGCACUUUAAGUGACCAAACACUUGGGACGCCACAAACACUGUGUCAGAAGCACAGGAAGAGGAUUUUACCUCCGCGGGAGAACGUGAAGAAUUCUAGGAUGUUUGUUCGGUCAAAAUACUAUUUUUGCUUUGUUGGUUUUGGGUUUGAGUUUGUAUGUCCCUGUCUGUUUUACAGCAGAUUCAUGCUAACACGGCUAACCGCUAGUUACGCAUAUCAAUACAAAGGAAAAGCUUCAGUUUUUCACUUCAUUCCAGGAGAUUGGAAAGCAAUUUAUGGUUUUACGCAAUGGAUCUGGUUCUAUAACUGCACAAAUACAUUGAUUAAUGAUUGAAACUACUUGUUUGUAUUUUUGUUACAUAAUUUAAUAAAAAAGAAUUAGUUUGUGGCUGAUCCUGUUCCACCAACAAUAAGCUUAUAAGGGUGAAUAUCAUAAAAAAAAUCAAGAAGCAUUUCACCCCAAAAACAAAAGAAAAAAACUGAUUUAGAAUUAUAAUAACGAAGUCGUAAUAUAUAUUUUCAUUUCUAUAUUUUAAGAUAUACUAUUAGAUAUUAUUAUAAAAAGUUAUAUUUCUUAUUUUUUAUAUUUUUCAUAAAUAAAAAUGUGCAUAUAUAUAUAUAAUAUGCUUAUAUGUGUGUAUAUAUAUGCACAUUUUUAUAUAAUUAUACGUUAUAUAUAUUAUUAAAUAUUAAAGUUUUGAUGCAUAUAGUAAAGUCUAUUAAGAUUUGUUUCAUGACAAUUAAGUCAAUUUUAAUCAUUAAUUAGUCAGCACAAAAAUUAACCUGAAAUGUAAAAUGCUUAAUUGUCAUGAAAAAAUAAGCUUAUUUUAAACUUUAAGAAAAUAUUUUAAUAUUUUUUUCUUUAUAUAUAUAUAUAUAUAUAUAUAUAUAUAUAUAUAUAUAUAUAUAUAUAUAUAUAUAUAUAUAUAUAUAUAAUUUUUUUUUUUUUUUGGUUUUGGGGUAAAAAAAAAUGUCGCUUGACAGUUUUUUUUGUGUGUUUUGCCCAUGAGGAACACUGUUGAAUAAUCAUUACUUUGUGUGACGGAACAAACAGUUGACAAAAAUGGGUGUGUUGUAGAGACUCUUUAAAUGUGAGCGUGUUUGUGUUCAUGCAUGAAGAUGAACGUUUACACUGAAAAGACGUUUAUUUUUACACGGCUAGUUCUGACGGCAUGUUGUAUGUGAGUAGUUUGACAGUACAGGACUGGUUACGACUGGAAUGUUAGAAUAUGUAGACGUACCUGUUGAAUGCCACAUUAACCUCAGACCAGUGAGGGCGAUUCAGUGAUUGUGCUUGUAAUGUAUUACAAAAACCAUCCAUCACUGUUUUUUUUUUUUUUGUUAUUUUAACAUUUUCUUUUAUUGCUUGCCAUAUCCUCAACUAUUACUUUUCCGUAAUUUCUUAAGCAUUUAUUACUAUACUAAAAAUCAUUUUGGGGGGUAAUUAAAGUAAUUAUGAAAUGACAAAAUGGCUGAUUGUUUAAAAAAAAAUGCAUCAAAUGAAAACCAGCGACUGUAUAAAUGUCUGUUUUUUUUUUGUUCAAAAGUGUGCUAAAUCUUUUCCUAUGCAAAACAUAUUGGUGAUUUUGCGGGCCGAGCUUGUUGUGGGCCGUCUUGUGUGUUUUUGAUACUGAAUGAGUUUCUCUUACACUGUGUUCUGAUGCAGGAGUGUUCAGGAAUGUCCUGUCCAUGAGUGUGUUAAUAAACCAGUGGAAUUAUGGGA